CGGCCUCCAACUGCCAGCCCCUCAGAGCCCGCCCGGAGUCCAGAGGGUCCGCGGGCUGUUGGGGGCACCCGAGAGCUCAUCUCCCUCUGCCCCCACUGCCCCUCCUUCCUUAAGUGUGCUUUCCAGGGGUGCACCCUAAUACGUGUCUGCCCACCAGACACUGGCCCCACAGAAUGGGGAGCCGCACGAGAACCGUGAGAGGGCGGGUGGCUCAUGGGGAGGGACGCCACAAGUCACGCAGAGUGAAGGCACAGUUCCCCUGAAGCCUGCACAAGCCACGUGGUGUGGACGGCCCAACACGCCCCUCAGCCCAGUGCUCUGGCUGCUCCUAGGACGUGCUGGAACAUUCCUGUCUCGGGCUGGGCUGCCCUCCCCACGAGCCCCGGCCCCACUUCUCCCAUCUGUCCCUGUGUUCUCCUUGGCCCUCACCCUCGGCUGGGGGUGUCGCUCUGCGGGCAUUUGCCCCGGAGGCGAGGUCUGCCGGUGGCGUGGGUGGGUCCCGCACUGGCGGGGUGACCGGCUCUUUAAGGGCAGACGACAUCACAAGGCUGCGGAAGGCCGGGCAGCCGUGGAACUCCGGGGCCUUGGGCUGUUACUCGAGCGCCUGCGGGCUCUGGAUCUCCACCUCCAUGGAGCCGCAGGCCCACACGUGAGCACCUGAAGACGUGGCCAUGGCCGAGGGCAGCGCGCUGAUGAACCGGCUCAUGAGCGAGAACGCGGACCUGAAGAAGCAGGUGCGCCUCAUGAAGGAGAACCAGAUGCUGAAGCGUCUGCUCAGCGAGAGCUGCCAGGAGCGCUGCGGCCUCGGGGGCCGGGACCUGCUCUUCACCAAGGUGCCCGCCUACCCCGAGGACUGCUCCCCGGGGAGUGCAGGUCUGAGUAAACCGAGACCCAGUUCCCCAUUCUGCUGUGUGUCCUCAGUUGCAGACUUUGGAAGGUUCUCCAGUGCCCCCGAUGCACCCUCCCAGCUGCAGACAUCCUCCCUGGAGGACCUGCUGUGCUCGCACGCCCCCAUCUCCAGUGAGGACGACGCCUCCCCUGGCUGUGCGACCUCCACCCAGGUGCCCUUCAAGGCUUUCCUCAGUCCCCCAGAGCUGCGUGCACCUCGAGGCACUGACAGGAAGCUGUCCCCACUCCUGAGCCCCUUGCAGGACCCGCUGGCGGACAAGACCCUGCUGGAGCCCAGGGAGAUGGUGCGGCCCAAGAAAGUGUGCUUCUCGGAGAGCAGCCUGCCCUCUGGGGACAGGACCAGGAGGAGCUACUGCCUCAACGAGAUUCAGAGCUUCUCCAGUGCUGAGAAGGAUGGGCGCAUAGUUGGGGAGAUCGCCUUCCAGCUGGACCGGCGCAUCCUGGCCUAUGUCUUCCCAGGGGUGACCCGGCUGUACGGCUUCACUGUGUCCAACAUCCCUGAGAAGAUCAAGCAGACGUCCAUCAAGUCCCUGGACGGCUCGGUGGACGAGAAGAAGCUGCGCGAGCUGACGCACCGCUACCUGACGCUCACGGCGCGCCUGGAGAGGCUGGGCUACAACCGCGACGUGCACCCGGUGUUCAGCGAGUUCCUCAUCAACACCUACGGCAUCCUGAAGCAGCGGCCCGACCUGCGCGCCAACCCGCUGCACAGCAGCCCGGCCGCGCUGCGCAAGCUGGUCAUCGACGUGGUGCCCCCCAAGUUCCUGGGCGACUCCCUGCUGCUGCUCACCUGUCUGUGCGAGCUCUCCAAGGAGGACCACAAGCCCCUCUUCUCCUGGUGAGCGCGCCCCGGCGCCGCCGCGCCUUUCCUGCAAUAAACGUGCUUGUUCCAAACCCGGGGGCCCGCGUGCCUCCUGGUGUCCCCUCGGGCCGGGGGAAGGGCUGCGUCCGCCCACGGAGCGCCCAGGGCCGCAGGCG